AUGGCUGGUCCACCUCCACCACCAGCACCUCCUCCGCCUAUGUUUGGCGGAAAUUCAUCCAAUGCUGGCUCCGCUGCAACUCCUGUCCCACCCCCAGCGGCUGUUCCAGGACGUGAUGCCUUAUUGAGUGAUAUUAGGAAAGGUGCAAAACUUAAGAAAGCACACACUGUGGAUAAGAGUGCACCUGCGAUUGGAGGAUCAAGUUCGAUGAGCCACUCUGUAUCAGUAUCGAGCUCAGCAGUCCCGCCUGUAGCACCAUCGAUCCCGACUCCAACUCAGCUUCCCGGUGUCCCUCAAUUGGGAGAUAUACUUGCUGGUGGGAUCCCUAAAUUAAAACAUGUUUCGGGUUCCUCUAAAUCACCAGCUAUUCCAUCUGGAGCUCCUCCGCUUCCGGAUAGCUCUUCAAUCCCAAAAAUUCCUUCUAAUAGACCACAGCGUAAAAAGACUUUGAGAAGUGAGGGUGAUUCGUCAGUGGCGGCUCCUCCUGCUCCUCCUCCAAUGGCAGCACCGGCAAUUCCAACAAGUCCGCCACCAGUACCCAUGAUGAACACACCACCGGUUCCGAAACAUCCUCCAGCAAGACAACGCACAGAAGCACCUCCGGUUCAAGCACAACCUGCUCCGCCUGUAACGUUACCACCUGCACCUCCAGCUCCUCCUAUAGCCGUGCCACCAGCUCCGGCACCUCCAGUACCUCUAGCACCUCCCACAAUUAGCACCCCUCCUGCGGCCCCACCAGCACCUCCUACGCCUGCACCUCCUACAUCUGCACCUCCAGCUCCAGCACCUCCAGCACCUCCCAUAAUCAGUACCCCUCCUGCAGCCCCACCUGCACCUCCAAGCAUAUCAUUCCCAACGUCCACGCCGCAACCACCACCAUCUGCACCGUCCCCAGCUGGAGGACUUCCAUUCCUGGCGGAGAUUCAACGAAAGAGAGAUGACAGAUUCGUAGUUGAAGGAACAGGACAUGGUGCGUCGAAUAAUACAGCAUCUUCCGCUCCAAAGGUACCGCUUCCCUCAUCAUCUGCUCCUCCGGCUCCUCCUUCGUUCAGUGCUCCUUCGGUUCCACCAACUCCAGCUCCUGCUGCUCCACCUUCAAUUGCUGCUCCUCCGGCCCCACCGGCUCCUGCACCUCCUGCACCUCCUGCCCCUCCUGCCCCUCCGGCCCCACCUACUCCUUCCUUUAAUGCACCUACGCUGCCUCAAUCUACCCCAAGUUCUGAAGCACCAUCUAUUCCAGCCGGAGGAUUACCAUUUCUGGCAUCAAUACAAAGCAGAAGGGAUGAUUCUCACAUUAUCGAAAGUGAGAAUAGUCAUACACCAGUGGGUGCGCCAACGGCUCCUCCUUCCCCUCCUCCACAAGCCGCUUCAUUUCCCUCUGCCAAAGCUCCACCACCUCCACCCGCAGCCUCAGAGGAAUCUCUUCAACAAAAUCAGCAACCUCAAGUGGAACGCACAAAUAGUUCCUCAUCAAAAGGUUUCUUCAAACACAGACUUUUUUCAUCUGGUAAUGAAGCCAGUCGACCAUCUCAAUCUACUAACCCUUACACAAAUGCUGCUGAAAUAGAUGUCGGAGAUUUCACAAUAGAAGGAAGUCAAGAUACGACCGGAAUAAAGCUGAAUAACAGUGGAAUAACCAUUGAUGAUUCAAAAUUCGAUUGGUCUAACAGAAACGAUCUCCCCAAACCGAGACAAUUCUUGGGCUUAAGAAAACUAUAUCCAAGUGGCAGAGGUUCAAGUGUUCCAUUAGAUUUUACUGUAUUUACAUGA